AUGGCCAUUAGAGCCUUCUCCUCCAAAUUCCAAAUCUCCAUUUCACUCUUCUCCUUUCUCUUAAGAACCAAUCCUUUCGCUCACCAACGCCCAUUCACUUCUCCCGCUACAGCGACACACGCAGGAUCAGACUCACCACUUCCAUUCCUCGUCAGUGAGAUAUCUCGCAUCCUCAGCGAUCGCAGAAGCCCUCACCAUGACUUGGACCUCAGCCUUUCCUCCUUCUCCUCCAAUGUAUCCACUGACCUCGUCGAGCAAGUUCUCAAAAGGUGCAAGAAUAUCGGAUUCUCCGCCCACAGGUUCUUCCUCUGGGCUAAAAGAAUUCCGGGUUUUGAACCCAGCGCUGACAGCUAUCGCAUUCUCGUUGACAUCUUGGGAAGCAGUGGGCAAUUCGCUAUUUUGUGGGAUUUUCUUACAGAAAUAAGGGAGACUCGGUGCUCUUUGAUCACCCAGGAACUCUUCUGGCUUGUUUUCAGAGCUUAUAGCAGGGCUGACUUGCCUCAAGAUGCUAUUCGGGCCUUCAAUCGAAUGGUGGAGUUCGGGAUGAGGCCUGGUGUUGAUGAUCUUGAUCAGCUCUUGUAUAUUCUAUGUAAGAGGAAACAUGUGGCUCACGCCCAACAGUUUUUCGAUAAAAUUAAGAGUGGGUUUAAUCCGAGUGUGAAAACUUACAGUAUUUUGACGAGGGGUUGGGGCGAUGUGGGUGACUCAAACAAUGCUCAGAAGGUGUUUGAUGAAAUGCAGGAACGAGGUUGUUUGAUUGAUGUGCUUGCUUACAAUAGUCUCUUGGAAGCUCUGUGCAAUGCUGGGAAAAGGGAUGAAGCGUACAAGAUGUUUCAAGAGAUGGGUUCGAAUGGUGUCGACCCAGAUGCUGGUACAUAUUCGAUUUUCAUCCGCUCAAGUUGUCAAGAGAAUGAUUUGCAUACGGUUUAUAGGGUCCUAGAAAGAAUGAAGAGACACAACCUUUUACCUAAUGUGUUUACUUAUAACUGUGUUAUCAAGAAGCUUUGUAAAGAUCAAAAGGUGGAAGAAGCCUACCAACUUUUGGAUGAAAUGAUUGAGAAAGGAGUUACUCCAGAUACAUGGUCCUACAAUGCAAUCCAAGCAUAUCAUUGUGAUCAUAGCGAGGUCAAUAGUGCUCUUAACUUGAUAAAGAGAAUGGAUAGAGACAAUUGUGUUCCUGAUAGACAUACUUACAAUAUGGUUUUGAAAUUGCUAGUAAGGGUGGGAAGAUUUGACAGAGCCAAUGAAGUGUGGGAGAGUAUGGGAGAGAGAAGAUUUUACCCUUCUGUUUCAACUUAUGCUGUCAUGAUUCAUGGUUUCUGCAAGAAAAAAUGGAAGUUAGAAGAAGCAUGUAAGUACUUUGAAAUGAUGAUUGAUGAGGGAAUACCUCCAUAUAUUUCUACUGUUGAGUUGUUGAGGAACCGACUUCUGGGGAUAGGCUUCAAGGAUCACGUUGAGAUUCUUGGUGAUAAGAUGAGAAGAAGCACUUCUUGUUCCAUACAAGAGCUGGCAAAUGUGAUGAGUGGUGGCAAAUGCCAUGAGGUUCACCGCAUGUCAAGAAAUGAAGAUACAGAGUUUGAAAGUGACUGAAGAAUAGAGUGUCAGCCAGAGGCAUCUUGUAUACAAAAGAAGAAGUUGCACCAAUCUUCCAAAUACAGCCUUCUUGUAAUUUAUUUAUGAUCCAGUUUCUCGCAAGGACACAGCAACUUUAUGUGUUCUCGACUUGCUACAAUUUUAUGCUAAUAUACUGGCCGUUUAUAUAAACAGUGGUCAGUCAGUAGAAAAAUCUUUUCACUCUUUCUGGGGUAACACCAAGAGAGUAUGGGCAGAUCCAGAACUCUACACCAUACUCCUUUUAAAAUACAAUGAAUAAUUAUGUGUUUUAUAAUUUCUCCA